GGUUAUGCCUUAUGUUUCUCAUCAUACUCGACCAACUUUACAUCUAACAGUAACAUUUAAAACACAGAAAACCGGAACGCGUCGACUCUUUAUCUUUAUUCACCUGUAGCUUUAGCUUAAACACACAGGUGAGGGAGCUUCUUUGUUUGCUAGUUCGGUCGUUCACGCGCAUGCGUAACUCGCGCUCAUUGUUACACAGGUGAAGUCAGCCCACAGGAGGACACACUGCAGCUGCAGCAGGAUGAAAUGACAUCAGAGAGCACAUUCAACAUGGAGGAUUUCUUCCAAACGGUGGGGGAGGUGAAAAGCCUCAUUGAAAAAAUCUCCUGUCAAGCAGAAGAGGUGGAGAAGAGGCAUGGCGUCAUCCUCUCAACUCCAAACCAAGACAAGGGAAAAAAGGACGAGUUGGCGCUGCUGAACAAUGAGACCAAGAAGAAUGCCAAUUUGGUCCGGGCCAAGUUAAAAACAAUGCAGGAGAACUUGCCUGUGGAUGAGAACAGUGAAGGGGUCUCAGUAAUUCAGCGUAUUUAUAAGAACCAGCACUCACACCUGACUCGGUGCUUUGCUGAUGUCAUGAGGGGACACCAUAACGCACAGAUCUCCUUCAGAGAGAAAUGCAAAGCACAGAUUCAGAGACAUCUGGAGAUUGUGGAUAAAGUGACUACAGAUGAAGAGUUGGAGGAUAUGCUGCACAGUGACAAUCUUUUCAUCUUCAUUUCUGAUGUCAACUCUAAUGCUCGGAUUUCCAGCCAAGCUUUGAGUGAGAUUGAAUCCCGUCAUCAGGACAUCAUCUGCCUCGAGUCCAGCAUCAAAGAGCUGCACGAGAUAUUUUCAGACACUGCCAUGCUGUUGGAGAUUCAGGGGGAGUUGAUCAACAACAUUGAAAAAAACGUGACGAGCGCUGGAGAGUAUGUAGACGCGUCCAAAACUGAAACGUAUGAAGCAGUCAUGUACAAGAAAGACAGACACAAGAUUGGAUUGCUCCCAAACUUCUUCAAGUCUUUCAGGAGGAAAAAGGCUGCUAGAACUGCUAAAGAUCAAAACACCUCAGACUGAGCUCCUGAAACUGUUUGAACAUCCAAAAACCAUCAGAUCAACAUCAACGCCUGCUCGAUGGUACACACUUUUCAUCUUGAUGGUACGCUGCCUGUCUGCCCCCUCAAAGGAAAAUGAGGAAGCUGUUAUCUUAAAGUCAAAUAUUUUGCUAUCACAAGGAUCGGAAAUGAAACUGGUGCAGUGGACAAGCCUCGCAAGCUUUAUUUGUAUGUUACCUGUUGUAUAUAAUGAAGGCACAAGGCAGCAUACAAUCUAAAAAAAUAAGAAUGUAACUUGUCAAUAUGUGUUUACAGACUCCCAGUGCCGGGACUGUAAAGGUCUUCAGUUAUGUGGAACGCUCUAUACCCAUCUCAAUAAUACAAAAAUAUUUUAACUGUAGCUACAUUCUUUAAUUCACCACAGCCGGUGUUCCCCUUAGUCGCCAGUAGGUGGCAUAACAACAUUAGGUAGGGCUUUGGAUCAUUUACCUUCCCUUCUCUCUGCAGUCCUGCUCAACUCUUGUGUUUUUGUGUGAUUCUGUGUGUUUUACUAAUGCUAUUUAAUGUCAUGUUGUCUAAUACUCAGAAAAAUCUAUGUGAUGUCAUAGGAUAAACUAUGAGACCAAUAGUUAAAUAAACCUAUGUGGUAAAUGCUACUUUACAUAA